GAGUCGGGCGGGGGGGCCGCGAUGACGGUGCCGCUGCUGAAGAUCGGCGCCGUGCUGAGCACCAUGGCCAUGGUCACCAACUGGAUGUCCCAGACGCUGCCCUCCCUCGUGGGGCUCAACGGCACCGCCGGCUCCCAGGCCGGCGGCACCUCCGAGAGCGGCACUCUCUUCCAGAGCUCCAAUGAAGGUUGGCAGGUGUACACCUCCGCUCAGGUCCCUGACAGCAAGUGUCUGUGCACCGCUGUCAUCCCGGUCCAGGGAACCUGCUCAAGGGAUCUGCGCAGUCGGCAGCUUCAGCAACUGAAAGAAAAACAGGUGCAAAACAUCUCUCAGUCCAUGGUGGAGCUGGACCUGCGGACCUACCGGGACUUGCAGUAUGUCCGUAACACCGAGUCGCUGAUGAAGGGGCUGGACUCCAAGCUGAAAGUGGCCACCGAGAGUCAGAAGAACCUGAAUGCCAAAAGUUUCCAGGAGCUCAAGGAGAAGAUGACGGAGCUGAUGCCCCUGAUCCGUGUGCUGGACCAGUACAAGGCGGACACGCGCUCCAUCGUGCAGCUGAAGGAAGAAGUGAGGAACCUCUCGGGGAGCCUGCUGCAGAUCCAGGAAGAGAUGGGGGCCUACGACUACGAGGAGCUCCAGCAGAGGGUGCUGGUCCUGGAGGCCCGCUUGCAUGCUUGCAUGCAGAAGCUAGGGUGCGGAAAGCUGACCGGGGUAAGCAACCCCAUCACCAUCCGGGCGUCGGGGUCCAGAUUUGGCUCAUGGAUGACUGACACCGUGGCCCCAAGUUCUGACAGCCGGGUCUGGUACAUGGAUGGCUACUACAAGGGCCGCCGUGUCCUCGAAUAUCGUACCCUGAACGACUUCAUCACGGGCCAGAACUUUGUCCAGCACCUCCUCCCUCACCCUUGGGCAGGCACCGGCCAUGUUGUCUACAACGGCUCCCUCUACUACAACAAAUACCAGAGCAACAUUGUGGUGAAAUACCACUUCCGCUCGCGCAGCGUCGUCGUGCAGCGCAGCCUCAACGCCGCCGGCUACAACAACACCUUCCCGUACUCCUGGGGCGGCUUCUCCGACAUCGACUUCAUGGUGGACGAGAACGGGCUGUGGGCCGUCUACACCACCAACCAGAACGCCGGCAACAUUGUGGUCAGCAGGAUGGACCCCGUCACGCUGGAGAUCCUCCGCAGCUGGGACACCGGCUACCCCAAGCGGAGCGCCGGAGAAUCCUUCAUCAUCUGCGGGACCCUCUACGUGACAAAUUCGCAUCUGGCGGGGGCUAAGAUCUAUUUUGCCUACUACACAAACACUUCUAGCUACGAGUACACGGAUAUUCCCUUCCACAAUCAGUAUUCCCACAUAUCGAUGUUGGACUAUAACCCCCGGGAGAGAGUCCUUUAUACCUGGAACAAUGGCCACCAGGUCAUCUACAAUGUGACUCUCUUCCACGUCAUAAAGACAUCGGGGGAGUUAUAAUCCUGUGCGCUAAGAGGCCUGAACUCUCUCCGUUGUCCUUUUGUUCAUUUUCUCUCUUAUCCUGCUGGGUGGGUUGGGGGGGCACUGUGGCCUGCAAACUCAGUGGCCUGGGAACAAUUCCGUGAUGCCGUUAUUUCUACAUAAUAAAACAGAGAAAGAGAGAACCCCUCCGUCUCCUUCUCUUCUUCCUCUCUCUUUUUCUCUCUCUUCUGUGGUUGAUGACGCAUGGAUCUGGUUUGGGGCUUCGUUGGGGGUGGGGCUAUUUUUUAUUUUUGUAUUGAUUUUAUUUUGUUUAAUUACUGGUGGCAAAUAAAGUUGAUCUUGUUGAGGUU